GGAUCCCAGUGGUCAACGUCUUCCCCAUCCAGCCCCUGGUGUUGGGCUCGGCCAACACGCUGGUCUGCAGGGUGGAGAACAUCUUCCCCCCAGCCCUGAAGAUCACCUGGCAGCUCAACGGGGUCCCUGUCACCCAGGGGGUCACCGACACCCACUACACCCCCACCCCCGACCUGGCUUUCACCCGCUUCUCCUACCUCCUGGUCACCCCAACCUCUGGUGACAUCUACGCCUGCGUU